UAAUGUCAGUAAAUAUGAUUAGAAUUUAUUACAGUUAAUAUUUAUUAAUAUUAAUUAGUUAAUUAAUUAUUAAUUAUAAAAUUAGUUACAAUAUUAUUUAUUUAAAAAAAUAAAUUAUAAAAUAUAAUUAGUUUUAAUUUUUUUUAUUUUUAUUUUUACAUCUAUAUUCAUGUAAUAUAGAAAAUAUGUGUUGAAAAAAAAAAGUUAAUUAACAUUUGAGUAGAAUAUGUGUACACAUUACAUGAAAUCUUGUUAACGAACCAGGUAACAAGAGUAGUCGGUUCAUUGGGCACUCAACAGCCAAAUAAUUAGUGAGCUUGUGCAAUUUGUCGCCAAUGAUCAAAGUUCUAAUCGUUCAUGAAAUAUCAAUUUAAACAAAACUCAGAGGCCUUUUUUUCUAUGUUGACCAUUAAAAGAAAAAAGAAAAAAAAAUUUUCAAAUAAAAAUUAACUCCAAAAAAGUGAAUAAAAUAAUCCUCGGUGUUUUACUCCAAAAAAAUUGAAAAAUUAGAAUAAAAUAUUUUAAUUUAACAUUUGAGAGAUUUAUUUACUUAAAUAAUUUUAUUUUUAUAAUUGUAAAAUGAUAUUAUGUGCUCUCAGUUUGUCAUGACGUAUAUAUCAAGUAGAAGAAAGCUAUUUUGGUCAGACGCAGCGUGAUAUAAAUGCUUCAACACUACCUCAUAAUUAAAAUCGUAAUAUUAAUUUAUAUUUCUAAUUCUAUUCAUAAUUACCGGAAAAAAAUAUUACAGUAAAAAAUAAUACACAAUUCAUAUAUGAUUCAAUAUUCAAAUAAUACGAUUUUAAAUUUGAAUGAUUUGUCCUCCAAUCACCACCAAGGUCAAAGAAAAAGAAAAAAAAAACAGAGGACAAAAAUAUUAACCAUUUUUUUAAAAGAAAUUUUCUGUCUUAAAACCUGUAUUUUUUAAAUAAAAUUUGUAAAAUAAAAUAAUAUAUAUUAUUAUAUAUAGUUUUUUAGAAUUUUUAAUCUCAGUUGUCCUCAGUGACCGUUAAAAGAAGGGGAGGGAGGAGAAGCUUGGUAGCCAUGAUCAUUAAGGCCCCGCACGUGCUUUUUUAGUGUUCUGCUUUUUUUUUCGGAGAUCAUUCAACAAUGCGCUUGAAAAAUCCGAUAAAAAAAUGUGAACAUUGCGGUUAUAAAAGUACAAGGGCUUUUAAUGUUUUUCGUCACAACAAAAGAAUUCACGGAGAAGCAAAAAAAAUACUUGAAUGUUGUGGAUUAUUGCAUUAUAGUAAGGGCGAUUAUUAUUGUCAUGUUGAGGAAGUGCAUCCUCACACGAGAAAUGGAACAAUUUCGAAAAAAAAAUAUAAAAUUAAUAGAAAUAUGUUAAGAAAAAUGAAAAAAAAGGCAAUGAAAAAGAAGAAGAAAAAAAAGGAAGAAAUCAUUUUUUUAUGGGACAAGAAUAUUUCUUGGCCAACGGGGAAACAAAUAGCAGAAUAUUUACGCAAUAUAAAAUUUCAUAAAUUUUAUGAUUAAUUUACAGUAAUUGUUUGAAAAAUUCUAUCACAUAUUAUGCAUUGUUUUUUUUUUUUUUUACAAAUUUUUAAUAUUUUCAGUUUAAAUUUUAAUUAAAUUUAUAAUAUUUUACAGCAAAUUUUUAUCGAACCAAAUUUAAUCAAUAAAUCUAUUUUAAGCAUUG